GUAUAACCACUUAAAUAGUGAAAUAUAAAAUAUAUCAAGUAAAAAGUAUAUGUGAACAUAGAAUCGUGCUCGCCAGUAUCGAGCGAGUUGAGAAAUUGUUUAUGUGCUCGCGAGCAUCUUGCCGAAAGACAAACGUAAAAAAAGAUUCUUUUGGGCGACCUGAGCAAACUGUUGCUGUUUGUUUGGUGAGGGGGCCCAGUUUUGUGGUUGACAGUGAAGGCGCCGCAUGCCAAAUUUUGAUCAUGACCGCGUAAAAAAUAAAUACAGCUAUUUACACUAGAUAUAAUAUAUAUAUACGUAUAUAUGUGUGCAUAUGUAUUUGUGUGGUGCCAAACCAAACAAACCAUCAAAAAACGUCCGUUUCAAUUAAAUGAGAAUACAAAUUGUGUAAUCCGCCCGCCUCGCAAUGAAUAAGACCAUACUGCACUGGAGCUAUUUGAACUUCAAAGAUGUGCCCAUGGACCUCUUUUUGUAUGAGGACCUCGAAGAGGUCUACUUGAAAGAGAACUACAUAUCUGUAAUACCCAAAUGGCUGCUGAAUAUAACCACACUCAAGUUCAUCCAUUUGGCUGGCAACAAUCUCAGCGAACUGCCCGUGGAUAUAUAUAUGCUCGAGAAUCUGGAGUUCUUGGAUGUGUCCAACAAUGAAAUCAAAGAGCUGCCCAAGACAUUGGGCUUGCUGCUGCGCCUGCAGCAGCUGAACGUCAGCGGCAACCAGCUGACCGAACUGCCUGUGGAGCUGAACACCUUGCGCAAUUUGGAGCAACUGAAUAUAGCCAAAAAUCAAUUCCGUCGUUUGCCCCUACAGCUGAGCGAAUGCGUGCGCCUCAACGAGCUGAACGUGAGCGAAAACGAGGCGCUGCUGCAUCUGCCCGAGCGUAUUGCCAAUCUUCCCAUGCUGCAGUCCCUCGCUGCCGAUCGCUGCGCUCUUGUCUAUCUGCCGGCUGCGCUCUCCAAGUUCAUGAACCAUGUGCGCAUCUUUCACAACACCUCGGUCAACUAUAUACCCAUGAUCUACGAGCGUUUCUAUCAGAAUUUCUACGACAACAGGCAAAAAGUUACGCCCAUCGCCAUCGCAAAGAAAGGUCUAUUUUGUGUGCGGGAAUUGGAGACAGGCAAACGCCUGGUGCUGCCUGUGGGCACACGUAAGGUGUAUGCCGUGCCCUCGCCGGAGAAUCAGGUCACGCUGUACGACGAUUGCUUGCAUGCGGUGCAGACGCUGAAUCGCCACCUGCCCGUCUAUGAGAAUGCCGCACUGCAUCGUCUGCUGCCCGAGCCCUACAUGAGUGCGCAUAUCAACAAUGGACCCAUUGCUCGCUGCACCACCACCAACUGCUCCAGUUGCCUCUAUACAACCUACUACUUUAUGGUCGUCAAGCGACGUGGCAGCGCUUCGAAGCAGCUAUUCACUUGCAAUUUUUGUACACACUACUGCGCACUGCAAUGGCUCACGAGCAAUGCGAAAAAAUAUUAUCAACUCAACUGGAAAGUUUGCGACGCUGACGACGAUGCUGAUGAUGAUGAUGAUAAUGGUGAUAAUGACAAGACGCAGAGUUAAGUGGGGCUGGCGCGAUCUUCGCAAAUGUUUGUACAAAAAAUUAGCAUUGUUUUAAUUAGACGUUAGUUUUAUAAUUGUUAUUUUAAUGCUUAAGCUUGUUGGAGCAGUCAUUAAAGUGUCUAUCCCUAGCCAACUGGCAACCGGCGCCUUCUACAUACA